CACUGAGCACCUCGAUGGCAUCGGUGUCACUCGGCCACCGCUGCUUUGGUUUCCUGUCCUGCCCCCUCCUGCCCCCUCUGCCCUUCCACACCAUGGAGGAUGAGGCUGGGUACAUCAUCUUAGAGCCACGGGGCAAGCAGGCCCUUCCCCUGAGCGCAGGAUGCAGCCGGCGAGACCCCCAGGGGGCUUUUGCCCCGCGGCAGCCGAGUGUCCCCGCAGGAAUCUCCCCCCGGUGCUGCCGCCUCCUCGGGGCCCUGACGGCCGCCCUGGCCCUCGGCCUCGUGCUCUGCCUGUCCCGCUUGCUGACGCCGAGGGGACAAGCCGAGGGGACCGCGGGCAGCGGCAACGCGUCGCUGCCGGGCGCUUGUGGCGGCGUGAGCUGCGGCUGCCCGGAGCUGAGGCGAAGCCUGUGCCCCCUGCAAGGUAACACGCCCCCCUGCAAGGGAUGGCCCGGCUCCCCCGAGCCCCUCCGUGCGAGCCCUCGCGUGUCCGUGCGUGUGUCCGCAGAGGGGGGGCGCUGCAGCCUCUGCCCCGCGGGCUGGACGCAGCGCCGGAGCAAGUGCUAUCGGGUGUCCGAGGGGCUGAGCCCUUGGAGCGGCAGCCGGCAGGACUGCGUGGCUCGGGGGGCCGAGCUGCUGAUGCUGGAGGACCAGGACGAGCUGGAUUUCGUGAAUGAAAUGCUGCAGAACCCCAGCCGCGCCUUCUGGCUCGGGCUGCUGCUGCCGUCGGCCGGGCAGGGCUGGACGUGGCUGAACGGCUCCCGCCUGGAGCAGAGCCGGUUCCGACCGAGCCCCGGCGCCGAGGGCAGCGCCUGCGGGGUGCUGAGCUGGGACAGGAUCGGCUCGGCCGGCUGCGGCUCGAGGUAUCAGUGGAUCUGCCAGAGAGGAGCCAUCGAGCUCUGAGCCCGAACACAACCAA